GUACAAACUUUGAAUUCAAAACCAAUCCACCGCAACAGAGUUUCAAUCUAAAAACUUCCAUCAGAUCUGCCCAUCUCUCUCUCUCUCCAAUCCCACAAAUCACAACCUUCCUCAAUUCCGGCAAACUGUUCACAACCCUUCAUCCAGCAAACUAAAUUCAGUAGUACAAAACAAAAUCAUUCAAUUUACAAUCCCAAUUUUCAAAACUCUCAAAUCCCAAAAACAAUAAACAAAAAAGUUAAAAUCUUGCUUCAAAACUUAACUUGUUCUUGCAAUAUGCAAUAAAUCCAGAUUAUGGUCUGACAAAAUCAUCCAGAUUUCAAUACAACUUCACAAUCUAGCUCAAAAGUCAGCAAAUGGGUUCCACUCAAUCAGUCCAAACUCUAGAAGAUGAAGAAGAUGAAGAGGAAGAAGAAGAAGAUGAAGAAGAAGAUAGAAAUGGAGUAACACGGCAAGGAGAUUCACACACUGUAAAGAAGGUUCUAGAACAAGAGCCAGAGAUGUUACCAUGCUAUGCUUCAGCUUCCCCUCUCUCUCCUCAGCUUUCAUCCCUUGGGACCCCACGGAUGGGACCCUCUAUCAAGGUGUGGGACCCAUACAACGUUCUUGCGCCGCCGCCUCCUCUACCGCCUCCACCGCCAACUGUGAGCUUCGGGCGGAGCUAUUCGUCGGAUGGGAUGCUAGUGAUGGAUGAUGAGAGAGAAAGAGGGAAUGUGAUGGAGGUUUAUUUGAUUAGUCAUGGAGAAAGUGAGAUGAGUUUGAGGCAUGAUUUAAUUAGUGGGAGGUGUCCUAAUGCUGGUUUGACUAAUAAUGGGAAAAGGCAAGCUAGGGCUUUGGCUGUUUUUUUGAAUUCUCAAGGUGUUAGGUUUAAUGCUGUUUAUUCUUCGCCUUUGGAUCGAGCUAAAGCUACUGCUGCUUCUGUUUGUCAGGAGAUGAGUUUUCCGGAACAACAAAUACAGUCAGCUGAUGCAGUCACUGAAAUGAGCCAGGGCGUUUGGGAGGGCUGCCCACGCACUGAAAUGUAUACUCCUGACAUACUGAAUUUAGUAGACAGACUUCAGCCAGAUUUUGCUGCACCAUCUGGGGAGUCACUCAGGCAAGUGGAAUUCCGAAUGGUUGAGUUCCUGAACAGGACUUUACUUGUUCUGCCUGAAAAACUGAGAUCCGAUUUUCUCUCUCCUCGCCCAAAUGAUGGAGGGUUUUCACAACAGAAUUCACAUGCCUAUGGAAACUCUAUUAAUGAUCGAGAUGGGCCGUCUUACCCUACACCGCAGUGGGAUUUGCUAUACAGACACCGACAGUUAUCGAGAAAAAAAUCUGGGAAAAGCAGGUUGCAGGUAGUUACUACAACAGGUGUUAAGACUGAAAACUACCAGGAGGACGAGAUGUCUCCUAAGGAACCGAGCCGCCAAAGCUCUAUUAGUGAUUUGAAUGCUCAGAAUUCCCAAACUAGCAUUGGAAUUUUUAGUCAUUCAGUACCUAUUAAGUGCUUAUUAAUGGGCAUCCUUGGUUGCAGCCCUGUUAUGUCACAUAAGAUUUGUGUAGAGGAUUCUUCUGUGAGUGUGUUGGAACAUUCUUGGAAAACUGGUUGGCAGAUAAAAAGAUUGAACGAUACAGCUCACCUGAGGCUUCUCUAGUUGUCUGAUACUUGAGUUUUGAAGAAGCAAUAUCGCAAGGAGCCAUCAUUUGGUUUGUUUGAUGUUGCUUCCCGAUGUUAUGCAUACGUAACUGUAUCUUUGUUGUGUACUGUAAACCUUAUACCCAUAUUUAUUACCCAGUUACUUUGCCCCAGAUUAAGCAAUGGAUUUGGGGUCACUGUCUUUAGUAAUUCUUUGAAUCCGUUAGCAUCAACACCAGUUUUUUUUUUAUUAUACAGAUGUUAUCUUUCAGAAUUAUGAAGAAAUGAGAAGUUAUUUUUUUUUGUGA